AUGUGGGGUCGGGGGAGGCUUUAUUUGCAAGCCGUGCCGUCACCGGCGUGGCAACAACAGCCCCCGCGGCACCCGGGCCUCCACCACAAACAGGCCCCGCCACCAGUCGGCCUCGCCUUCCCCCCGCCCCGCUGGGCCUCGGGGCCUCCCGCCGCCUUCCAUAAAAGCCGCGGCCCGGGCGCCAGGCGGGAGUCGUCGUCGCUGGCUGGCUGUGCGGGCGCGGCGGCAGCAGCGGGGCCCCCAAGUGCGCGCCGCGCUCCGUCUCCCGCUCCACGUGCCAUGGCGGCCGCGCCCCGCUUGCUGCUGCUGCUGCUGCUGGCCGCCGGCGCCUCGGCCUCGGCCCCGGCGCCGCCCUGCCCGGCGGUGUGCGAACGGGCGCGCUGCCCGCCACGCUCCCCGCAAGCCUGCUCGGCCGUCGGGGGCGAGCUGCGGCCCGACCGCUGCGGCUGCUGCUGGGAGUGUGCGCCGGGCGAGGGCCGCCUUUGCGCGCCGGGCGGCCUGUGCGCUCCCGGCCUCUUCUGCCGGCGGCCCGCCGACGGCAGCCGCCAGCGGGGCACCUGCUCGUGCGCCGAGUCCGCCCGGCCCGUCUGCGGCAGCGACGGGCGCACCUACGGCAGCCUCUGCGAGCUGCGGGCCCGCAACAAGCAAGAGCGCCUCGGGGAGCAGCGGCCGGUCAUCGCCGUGCAGAAGGGCGGCUGCGGAGAGAAAGAUGCUGUGGACACCAACAGCCUGCGGUACAAGUUCAACUUCAUCGCGGACGUGGUGGAGAAGAUUGCGCCUGCUGUCGUGCACUUGGAACUCUUCCGCAGGAAUCCUUUCACAAACAAAGAGGUCCUGGUGUCCAGUGGAUCGGGCUUCAUUGUGUCCGAGGACGGCCUGAUCAUCACCAAUGCCCACGUUCUCACCAACAAGCAGCGGAUCAAAGUGGAACUUAAGAGCGGCCACCAGUUUGAGGCCAAAGUCAAAGAUGUUGACCACAAGCUGGAUAUCGCGCUGAUCAAAAUAGACACCGAUAUGGCCCUCCCGGUGCUCCUGUUGGGCAGAUCCUCUGACCUUCGGCCUGGGGAGUUCGUGGUGGCUUUGGGGAGUCCUUUCUCCUUGCAAAACACAGUGACGACGGGCAUUGUCAGCAGCACCCAGAGAGAUGGCAAGGAGCUGGGGAUGAAGUACUCUGAUAUGGAAUACAUCCAGACGGACGCCAUUAUCAAUUAUGGAAAUUCCGGAGGGCCGUUGGUAAACUUGGAUGGUGAAGUAAUUGGGAUGAACACCCUGAAGGUUACAGCCGGCAUCUCCUUCGCCAUCCCUUCCGACCGAAUCCGCCAGUUCUUGGAAGACUCUCACAGUCGUCAGCUGAAAGGAAAGAUUAUACCCAAGAAAAAAUACCUGGGACUCCGAAUGCUUCCUCUCACUUUCAACCUCAUCCGUGAGCUGAGGCGACGAGACCGGGACUUCCCAGACCUGAGCUCUGGCGUCGGGGUCUAUGUCUACGAAGUGAUUCAAGGAACAGCUGCAGCGAGUGCCGGCCUGCAAGAUGGUGACGUCAUUAUAGCCAUCAAUGGGAAAAAGGUCACUUCAACCAAAGACGUGACAGAUGCCGUCCAGAACAAGGACACCCUCACCAUUGUGGUGCGGAGAGGAAACGAAGACAUCAUCCUGACAGUAACCCCAGACGAAAUUGAUUAA